AUGUGGGCGGGCGCCCUCCCCAGCCCCUGCAGCGGCCUGACCCGCGAGGGCCUGGCCAAGGGCGCCCCGUCAGGAGCGCCGCCGCCGCCGCGGGCCGCCCGAGGGCGCCGGGCCGCGGGCGCGGGCGUGGUGGCGGCGGCCGUCGCCAGAUGGCGCGCGGGGGCCGUUCAAACGCUCCUGCGACGCGUCUCGGCCUCCGCUUCUCGCCUCCUCCGCGGCUCUUCUGCCCUUCUGAAGCUGGUGAUGAACAGUGUUGACGCAUCGGCCUUGCGGGGAUGGCGGGUGGCGUUAGCAGGGGGACAGCAGCUGGUGAUGAACAGUGUGGGGGCAUCAGGUCUGGCAGCCCUAGCUGGUGGAGGGGGCACAGCUGACCCCCUCAAUGUGGAUGGUGGGGGUGGGGGGGGACCUGGAGAUUCUGUUACAACACAUCUGGCUGGAACAAGCGACGAUGACGACGAUGAUAUGGCGUCGUCACCAGGGAGCUUUGAUGACGACGAAGGUUCACUUCCCGGUGUGGAUGAUGUGACCGCCCAGCUAGCGGCGGCAGGUGGGUGGUCAGGACCUGUCGGGGUGGCUGCUGCUGCUGCCAUUGCCUCAGCCAAAAAGCGGAAACGACAUCACAUAUUUGAAAUUAAUCCAUCUAUACGAAAAAGACAACAAACUCGGCUUUUAAGAAAAUUGAAGAUCACAACACAGAAUGGAGAGUCGGUGGACGGAGAGAGCGGGAGUUCGGUGGCCAUCGACCUCAACCACGUAUCCGAGGGCUCCUUAGGGCAAGAGGGAACCAUCAUAAUAACAGGAGAGGAUGGUUCACAGAUACCUGUGAAUGUUUCGGGAGCAUAUCCUGUGUCAGGAAUGAUAACAGUACCCCUACCAGUAUACCAGACUGUUGUUGCGAACAUUCAAGGUGCAGACGGUCAGCCACUACAAGUGGUUACGCCAAUUGUCCAGGUGCCAAAACUUGAACCUGGGUUAGACAAUAAUGUUGAAGUUCCUGCAGCUCUUAAUGCGUCACUGGAUACAUCGACUAUUAUAUCUUCUGGACAAGGUCAUGUACAGGAUGAUGAUGACGAUGGAAGUGUAGACAUGGUCGAGACCAAAGAUUGAUGAGGCAUAAGAUCACCUGAAUGUGAUGGGAUAAAGUAACAUAGACCAAUGUUACUGGGUUUAGCUGAAAGCUUAGCUUCUUCCCAUACACACUUAUGUCUUUCUGCCCAUCUCAGCUUCUCACCAAAGACUAGGGUGUGGAUUCUAGUAUAUUCUUCAGGAAUUGCAGAAUAUGAGAGGACUUUAUAUAUCCUCUGCUACAUUGGCCAGUAUCACCUUCACAACAUCUGCUGACUGAUUGUUCCAAAUUUUCCGCAUCUACUAUUACAGAAUCUGCCCCUAGGCACAGGAUGAAACCAUACCAGACAGUGUCAGUCAGGUUAGAGGCCCACCGCUUGUGGUUUGUUUUUACAAGAAAAUCUAUUUUUGUAUGAAGAUAAAAAAGAAAAAACAGUGGCAUUGGAUAGAGUAAAGCAAACUGUGAGAUGUGCAGGGGUCGGGUUUUAAACAAGUUCUGUUUCGGUAUGGGUUUUUAUUCUGUCGACUCCUAGAUAGUGUGUUGUCUCAAGGGAUGAGUUUGGACUCUUGCUUCCCUUUUUGAAUUACAGUUCAGAAAUAAGGAAAUGAUGUAGCUUAUCCUCUUAUUAAGCUGUCAAAGAUAUGUAUGACCUUUUCUAUGAUUUCUGUUGUUAGUAAAGUUUUUGUUGACAGAGACUUUAAGGAGUGUGACAGCUUUACUAUUGAGACAUUCAGCCAACUAGGAUGAAAGAGGCAUAUUAUUAUUAUUAUUAUUAUUAUUAUUAUUAUUAUUAUUAUUAUUAUUAUUAUUUUCAUAAUCAUUAUGCUCAUUAUCACCAUUAUUAUCAUUAUUGAUUAUGGUCACCAUUUUCAUUGUCAUUCGAACCAUAGUUAUAUUUAUUAUUGUUGUUAUUCUUCUAUUAUUAUUUAUUACUAAUACUGAUUAUUAUUAAUAAUGAUAAUUAUUAAUUGCUCUUAGUAAUACUUAAUGAUACAGUAAUACUUCCUAUUGCAUUGUGAAUUUGUAUUUUUAUUAUACUUAUGAUUUAUCUUAUCAUCACUACCAACUGGAUUGAUAUUGAUAAUUUUAUUAAUUGUUAUUAUUUUAUGAUUAUGCAUUAUUUGUUUGUUCUGUUGUCUUUUAAGUUAAGGUAAUACACCCUGUGUAUCAGUGCAAUUAGGUCCUGAGUGUACCCUGUAAUUUUAAAGUAUUUAUUUCUCCAUUUCACCUCCCCUCUCCCUCCUCACCCCUCCUCCCCAGUGAGGCUAAUGUAGUUUGCUUUGUAUUUGUCAAGUGUAAUAGGAGUUGCUCAAUGUUGUAUAGCUUAGCAGCAGUGUAUUAAAGUGGGAAUGACUUUCCUCAGUGUGUGCUACAAGGGAAAAACUUCUGCCUGGUGAGACAGACAGGAAUUCUGGACCAUUUAACUGGAUGCAGAAGGUUUAAGAGCAGUUGAUGAAUGUGCUGGGAAAGUAUGUAGUUGUUAUUAUUACCAUUUUUUUAUUAUUAAUCAUAUAAUAUGUUCAUUUGUCUUUCUGGAUACAGCUGGUUAAACAUUUCCCCCCACAAACAGAGAUCUUGGUAGAAAUUAUAAUUUUAGAGGAAAUGCUCAUUGAUUUUUUACUUUUAUUUAUGAUUCAUGGGGGAGAAAAAGCAAUGAAUAUUGGAUGAGAUGAGGCCUCUUUCUCUAAGUUUGGUACUGACAAUAAGAGUCACUUCUAUUUUGGUGACUUUAAACUUAAAAAGAACCCUAGGAUAUGACAUCAUUUGUAUUGAAGUUGUGGAAGGAUAGCAGCAUUGUUGAGCAAGGAAAACAUUAAAAUUAAGCCCAAGUUUACCCUGCUGCCUCUACUUAAAGAUUGAAACUCUUCAUAUAUGUGAUGCCCUAAUGAGUAAAAUUGAAACUAUCAGAAAACAUAUGUUGUGACUAAUUGAUAGGUGUAAUAUUAGGGAUAGAUGGAAGCUUCUGAUGAGAGUCAUUAUGAAUUUAUGGAUCCUAAUGAUCAUUCAAAUUGAAAAGAAAUAGAAACAAGAUGUUAACAUAUUAAGCUGUCUCAAAGGCACCUUUCUCUAAAUUAUUUUCAGCCUUGUAGAUUUGAAUAUAAAGAGUAUUUGCAUUGCCGAGACUGUGAAAUCAAGUUUGCUGAAUAGUUUACAUUUUAGUAGAAGUAAAGAAUUUAAGCUUUGGUUUGGGACAGAAUGUUACUGUGAUGUCAUCAGAUCUUGAACAAGCAAUCAUGGCUGUGAUAUACUAGUUUAGCACAGUACCAAUAUUAGCCUCAAGGCCAUCUUUGUCUUGCAGGAAAAUAACACAACUUUUGCAUAAGGGCAUUUUAAGUUUUGAGUAUCAAGAAGACUUUUUAUUAUUUUUAAAAAUAAUAUACAGCAACUCAGAGGUGUUAUAAGUUAAAGAUAUUUUUGCUCUUUCAAAUGUGUUUGAUAAAGAUAAGAACAUAUUUUUUCUUUCUUGCAGUAACCACAUUUUGUAUGGUUAUUUCAGAGGUGAUCUACCAGUACAUUAUGUAUUAUGAUUCCAUUUGCUUAGUUCCUGCUAAUUUGUAAGCUCACAGUAUUAUAUCUAUAGAGCAUUUUAUCUACCUUGUAUUUUUGUAUUGAUACUUUUUAUUUAUUUAUCAUUAGCAUUUUUAAGUUUUAUAUAUUUUUAGUACCUUUUUUUUGUGUUUUAUUAUUUAUUUAUAUAUUUUCAUGUAGAAGGUAAUGCACACAGUAAAAUAUUAUGAACAUUUACAGCAGAGGAACCAUAUUAUGUUGUAUACGAAUUGUGUAGAGUUUGUUGAAGUUAAAAUAUCUAGUGAAUAGCACUAGCAGUUGAUAGGCAAGGCUUGGUUGGAAAGACUUUUUUGUAUUUGUAAUAGCUGUGGAAAUGUUGGAAAAUUGUAUAUGGUAAAUCAUACUUCAUACUCUUUGUGAUAUUUUGAGGAUACACAGAAAAGAGGUUGGAUGGAUGGAUAAGAGGAUGCAAAUUUUGUGACCAGAAAAUAUGGCUAAUGACUUCGGUUAUCUGGGGAAAUUGAACCUGCCGCAGCCAUGCAGGUUUUCUUGAAGGUCUACAACAGAUUAUCAGAGUGCUGUAAUUUUAGCUGUCUUUUUUUAGAAUGUGAUUUUAUGUCAAGUUUUAAGUUGUGAUUAUGAGCAUGAAGAUUGCUUUUGUGUUAAAAGAGCCUGAUUGUAUACAGGCUAUUGCAUGAUCCUGUACUGAACAGAAGGCAAAAAGAAUUCCAAACUGGUUAGCCAUGUCCUUAGGGGAUAGUAAACAAUCAACAAUCUGUCAAGUUGAAUGGAAGGGGAGGGGUGAAGGUGUGAAUACUAUGGACUUCCGAGCAUGUAUGUGAUGAUUUCAAACUAGUCGACUGUGGCACACCCAGGAUAAUAAUAAUCUCUAUAGACUGGUGAAGGCUGAGACUGAAUAAGCGCAUUUGAUGGACUUCACGAGGGUUGGUGUUGUUCCAUCAAGUAAAUUACUUCGGUCGUCUUUCAUAGGCCUACUGAUCUCUCUCCCUCUCUCAGCCAUGGAAUUCGGCAAACUGAUUUAUCUAGCAGCUGUACAUCAUUUUCAUGGGUAAUUUUAUCAUGAGAUAAUAGAUAUCUUCCUUAUCAUUAUCAAGAAAAGUUAAAACAGAAGAGAAUGAGUAAACUUUAUUUAGUUACUGGUCUGCUAGGAAUGGACAGUUCCUGCCGUGUUCUAUGACACAAACUGUAGAUAUAGUGACAAUGUUAUGGUACAAAGGAAAGACAGCUGGGGUAUUACCCUCUUGUCAUCUAAUCUGUGUUUAUCUCUAUUUAUUAUUUCUUAUUAAUUUUAUUUUCUGGAGUAUGUAUGUAUAAUCUAAUACUUACAAAAAUUCAAGGCCAGCGACAGUUAUGAAAUUUAUGAUUAUGAUUUAAAGUAUUUGAAAAUUACAUCUUUGGCAUUGCAUUAGUUCUUGUUCUGUAUUUACCUUUUAAUAUGUUUUUUAUUUUGUCUUUGUUUACUUAUACAAACAAACUGCAAAAAUAACAAGGAAAAUGAUAGAAUUAGCCUAGAAUGUAAACAGGAAUGUGUCAAUUAAAAGGAUUUAAUUUAUUUGAAAAGAAUACAUUUACUUUGAAAACAGGUGCAAAAAUUGAAUAUUGGUUCUAAUCUUUUAAUGUAAUACAACGCAAUCAUGUAUUUUCUUUUAUGAAUGUAAUAGACACAGGCAAGAGUGUCCCAUUUUUUACAUCUUUAAAGUCCAACUGUUCUUCCGUAUUUAGUUAAAGUACUUUACUAUUUUAACAAACAACGCAGUUUUUAACUUACAAUUUUAAAUGUUCUUUUUCAUACCAAUUCCUUGCUCGGGAAUUUGAACCUGGCCGACUUUUGAACCUGAGUUUAAGUACUGUGAUUUCUUUGUCAUCAUUGAGAUUCUCUUGACGUUUAUAUUUUGUUGAGCAAAAUACGUGUAAAGAUAUGGAUUUCUCCUUUGUCGUCCUGCCAUCUUUUAGUAGCUGAUUUCUCUUCUGAAGAUUGUUCUUUUCUUUUUCACUUUAUUUUCCUUGGUUUACAUCCUUCCCCAAUUCCUCUGAUGUUAUAUGUACAAAGAAAUGGGGUGUCCCAUCUGUUUGGUUAAAUGUUAAAAAAGAAAAAAAAAUGUAUUUGCUGUUCACUCUUGACUUGUGAAACAGUUGCCAUUACAUAAUUCUGUUAUUAUUUUUUCUAAUUAUAUGAAAAUGGGUAUUGUAGUACAAUAUAAGGUUGAAAGUUGCAUUACUUGUCACAAUGGUGGAGUAGUACCUUAGGCUUGAUUUUUUUUUAUCGUAACUUCUUUCCAAACACAGUAUGCAGGGCUGAAAUCGAAUUACCCUUUCUCACAAGUGAAUUUGCCGAAGAGGCAGACCUGUUCGUACCUAUGCAGCAGCCGCCAAGCAUGACCCUCUCCACUCAUAUCCACACAUAGGAGCGUGUAUACACGCUCGCACACUGACAAGCAUACACACAUGCAUGUACACUCAUGUACAUGUGCAUGCACGAGCGCGCACACACACACACACACACACACACACACACACACACACACAACACACACACACAA